AUGCUUGAUUUGUGUAUAAAUAAUAUACUCAGUGAUAAAGAUGAUACUUUAGCACCAUUGAAUAAGGUACAUACAAAAUGUGAACAAACUGAUCCUUUGAAUAAUGUAGAGAAUUUACGAGAAUAUGGAACUGAAAAAACUUUCACUGUUUUAAAUCCAGUUAAAUUAUUUGAUGACUUUGUAACAGGAAAUAGUCCUGAUGGCUUGUCGCACAUUCGCCAAUGUGAAGUGUAUGAUAAUGAAUUUCAAAAUAAUAUUGUAAAUAUAAGUGACGAUUCAGCCGCUGAUGAAACAUGGACUCCGAUCAACCAUAAUAAUGGUUGCAAUGAGAUUGAAAGCAGUGAAGAAGAUAUCCCUCUUUCUACUGCCCACAUACUUAAAAGGCAAAAGAUGGAUGAAGGAAACCAAACUGAGACAAAUGGUGAUAUACCAGGAAAUGUACCUGUUAUUGACAAUGAAACAUAUGAGGAUUUACAUUCUCAAGACCAGAACAAGACAAGAAAACGAAAACGCAAUACCAGACGCUGGAAGUCAGGACAAGCCAAAGAAAAGCGCAAUUCUGGGAUGUCAUACACAAAUGCUAAAGGAAAUCAAGUAGCUAGUAGAAGUAUUAAGCCACCUUAUAAUGAAGAAAAAUGUAGAUUAAAGUGUACUACUAAGGUUACCCACGAUGAUAAAAAAGAUAUUUUUAAUAAUUACUGGGGCAUGUGUGAUAUUAAUCGCCAAAGAGAAUUUAUUGUAAGGCAUGUAACAAUAAUUGAGCCCAAGCAUAGAUAUAUAAGGGAGGGGAGCACUAGAAGGCCUUCAACAAUCAAUAAAGAAACACCAACAAAAAGCUCUCUAAGAAGACCUGCAGUAGUGGUGAAAUCCCUAACUUCUUCAGAUAUAGCUGCAAAGUAUAACAAAUUAUUGGACUGUCGUGUAGAAAUAGUUGCAUAUGAAAAAAAGGAAUUGGAGCAAAGACUGCAACAUAAUAGUAUCAAACAUGAAAAAGAAAUGUUGCUCUUAGAUGUUCAACUUGAAAUCGAAAGAGAAAAGUUAAAAAGAAUUAAGAGAUCUGAUUAUCUGAUAGAAAAUAGUAAAAAAUAG